AUGAUCUUCGAUCCCAGCCCCCUGGAGCUCCCAGACUCAUACGAAAAGGUUCCUACAACGGGCCAUGUCGCUUUUUCCCACCACCCACAGGGCUCGCCCACAGUGACCCCUGUUGUGGUUGUCACGCUGAACCGUCCAGCCAACCACAAUGCCUUCACCAGCCAAAUGGUCCACGAUUUCGAGAAGUUCUUCCCCAUGUUCGACGUCGAUGAGCGUGUCAAGGUCAUCGUGCUCACAGGGGCCGGCAAGACAUUCUGUGCUGGAGCGGAUCUGGACAUUGGCUUCAACAACCAUGUCGAGAAACGGCCUGCUACCGACCACCGCGACGGUGGUGGACGUGUCGUCCUCGCUAUCCAUCGCUGCCGUAAACCGACUAUUGCAGCCAUGCAAGGCUCCGCCGUGGGCGUGGGCAUGACCAUGACGCUUCCUGCAAUGAUUCGCAUUGCGUAUGAAAAGGGUAAAUACGGCUUCGUCUUCGGACGUCGCGGUAUCGUUCUGGAAUCCUGCUCCUCAUACUUCCUCCCACGGUUGAUCGGCUUCUCCAACGCGAAUUACCUCGUCGGCACCGGCUCUGUUUUCCCUCCUACUUCCAAGCAUUUUGGCGAUCUGUUCAAUGAAACCUUGCCAGAUCCAUCCAAAGUCCUGCCUCGCGCGUUGGAGUUGGCUACUGAGCUUGCGGAGAACGUCAGCCCGGCUUCGUCGUAUCUCAAUCGUGCUCUUAUGUGGCGGAAUCCGGGCACGCCUGAAGAGGCUCAUCUGGUUGAAUCUCAUAUUCUUCAUCACACCUUUGCUUCUGAUGAUCAAAAGGAAGGUGUUGGCGCAUUCUUCGAGAAGCGCAAGCCAAACUUCCGAGCCAAUCUGGAUGAUAACCCCCCCAUCUCACCUGCCCUGGUGGACUGA